CCAAUGACAAUGCAUGUUACACAGUGCAACACAAAUACCCCACAAGGUAAAAAAUCAGAAAUUAACAGGAAAAUAUUCUACUCCGGAAAAAAAGAACGAGAAAAAUUACUUGUCUUGAUAAGGUUAUGACAUUAGUCUGAAAGUUUCUCGAAAAGAAAUUAUUCUGACAAGGUCGACCUAUAGCAGUCUUUCAGCUGAACAUAUCAAUGUUAUGUGCACUUAUUCUUUUAGUUGAAACCCAUAGAGGAAGCCCAACAAUAAAUUUUACCGGAAACAGAGAAAAGAACAUUACAAGCGCGAGAAAUAAUGCCUGGGAGUAGAGUAGGUGAUAUGCCUCCAAACGACUCAUGCAUUAUUUUUGUGUUUAUCGGUUCACGCCGUAUUCAAGGAGCGAACGAAUGGAUGAAUGCUUGGGGACAUUAGUAGGAUAUAUAAUUUUAUAGUUUAAGAAUCUAGAAUGCAGCUGCAAGGACUAAAGAAAGUAGCAACACAGAGAGGGUCUUUUUGGUGCUCGGGCUCAGCUGCACCUGAUAUCUCAGCCACUGGCAGGUGCAUAGGGAUGGACGAAAGUGUGUCAGACGCGUCAGGGUUGGAGCGGCGAAAAAUGAGGAUACGCUCGAUAUACGGCUUUGCACAGUGCGUACAGGUGGGCCAGUUUCGUAGCUGGCGGUGUCCGUCCGUGAGUGGUUGGGGUCCUGAGCCGUGGCCCAUGCCGUAAGCCCAAGUAGUCCAGCUCGAUGGUCGAAGCUGAGCUGUCCUGUCUACUGCGUGGGCUUCGCAAGGGAAAGAAAAAAGUAGUGAGACCGAGAAGUGGGUGAUGGCAGCUCGCGAGCAUGGCGUCGUCGUCGUCGGCGGCGGCGGCGGCUGCGACCCCUUCCAGCGGAGCUGCGAUGGAAGCCGACGGGCUCGAGUUCUUGCUGGAUCCAGUAGACCGGUUCCCGCCUAGGGAAGAAUUCGCGGAAAGGUUUGAGCACCCAUAUCGUGUGCCACUGGCGUUACUGUCGCCACGCGAGGAGGCGCCUGCUUUGCCGGCGGAUUCCAAUUUGCGGCUCCGGCUGUGCGCAGCGGGUAGGGAGCUGCAGCCCUGGGCGGUCUGCAGGCGAGUGCUGCCGGAGGAAGAAUGCCUCGCCGACCCAAUCUGCGAAAUCCACUGGGAAGGUGAAUCCCGAAGCCCCCUGAUGGACGAAGAGAGGUUGUGCUUCUGUAGUGCACUACCAGACCAGAUGCCGCGUGCCUCGCGGAUGAGUGCGCUUGAACAAUCUAUCCACAAAUUUGCAGAAGAACCUACAAAAAGUGCGGUGAAACCAGAUCUUGGGUUGAGUUUUUACUCGUUGGGUGACGCGUAUGACUUACAAUUUGUAUUCUUGGGAGGUUGGCUCCGGCAUACGGUAUGGGGAGAGCAGGCUGAACGACGAGCGGACAAAGUCGAUGCACGAGAUAAUUUGUGGCUCAGUGGCUGUUCGGGGAAGCCUGAGGCGGAGAACGGCCGGUCGUGUAGGUGUAAAUGCCCUGUGUUGAUUAGGCUGUUGAGGGCAUCCGACAACAAGUUGUACAUAACCGAGUACAGCGAGAAUCACAACCGCUCUUUGUCAUUGACAAUGGUCGAGAAGGUUCACUGGCCGUCACACAACACACAUAGAUGUUUACGCAAAGGAUCCUAUAAAACAGUUGCAGGAAAAUAUUGUGAACCUUGGGAAAGUGUAUAGCAUCAUCGGAAGUUUCUUCAGGUCGUGAACUGGCAGACGAUGACGUGUGGAAAACUUUGGAGGUUUUCGCCGACAUUGUGGCUGGAGACCCUGAUUUCACGUAGUUCUUGUGGAUAGCGGGAGCAGGAGUGAGAAUUUGAUGUGGAUAAACGGUAGCAGCCUGAUGCAGUACAAGUUCUUUAGGAAUGGCAUCACUUUUGAUACGACGUAUAGGAUGAAUCUAUAUGACAUGCCGUUUGGUCUUUUUGUUGGGGGUUAACAACCACUUCUUGAGCAUUA